GAUGAGCAAGCGGACGCUCUCAUCAAAGAGGUCACAGCGUUUGCAGUUUACCUGGGCAUGGACCCCGAAGAGGACGAGGAGUUCCUUUGGAUUGCAGUAGAGGCGAUGAUUGCCCCGUUGCCAAAAAAUUGGAGCGAGCAUGAGGCAAGAGACGGCCGAGUAUAUUUCUACAACAGAAGAACGGAUCACACUCAAUGGGAACAUCCCAUGGACGAAUAUCAUCGAUCGCUCUAC